AUGUUGCCCGUGUCCGUCUUGUCACUGGGAGCGUUGGCUCUAUCGACACAUUUCUUCUCCCCCGGCGUGGCUUUGAGUGAAGAUGCCCAGCAGAUUUACUCCGAGUGGAAGCAGUCGAGCUACUACGGUCAGGCCGUACAAGUUGUCAACACAAUCGGCGGCACGGCUGCCGGGUCCUUCUCUUCCUCGUCCAAGACCGAUGUUUCUGGCAGCGCGAGCUCUUCUGGUGCAGUAGGUGUUGGCUCGUUGGAAUCCAACGAGACCAUCACGUUCCCACCAACCUCCGGUUCGACUGGAUCCAGUGCAACGACAUCGUCGGCUUCAGGCACCACCACGACUGUCAGUAGCAUCACUGAAUCGGAAGAGCAACAGCGAUUCAACCAAGCCUUAGCUGACAUCGCAGAACUCCAGAAACUGCAUCCUCACGCCAACUUCUCAAUCAACUCACCUUUCGUACUUCUGACGUCGGACGAGUUCCUCUCGUACGUUAACCGGUAUGCCAUCGACCCGGACUCGAACCCCGUCAAGGCUAGCACAAGUUCGACUGCUGGAAUGUUCACUAUGGACGCAGAAGGCUCCAACACCAUGACGCUUUCCAGUUCAGGCGGCGAGAUCAUGACCUCAUCGGCAGCUGCAGGUGAGACGGUGGAUUGGCAAGAGGCUGGAUGUGUCACGGCUGUCAAGGACCAGGGAGAAUGUGGCGCUUGCUGGGCGUUCUCAGCCACUGCAGCGAUGGAAUCCGGUUACUGCGUGGCUACUGGCUCGCUUCCGAGCUUGUCCGACCAACAGCUCAUUAGCUGCAACACUGAAGAUGGCAACAGUGGCUGUGGUGGAGGCUACGCUGCCUACUCCAUGGACUGGGUCGCUAACGAACGCAGUGGCAAAAUGUGUACGCUCGACACAUAUCCGUUUACAUCAGAGAACGGGAACGUGGCCAGCUGCUCGAUGAGUUCCUGCACGGAGUUUGACGUUGGCGUGACCGGUUACGAAUCAGUUCAUAAAGACCCUGGUGCUAUCGAGGAUGCAGUGCGCAACCAACCUGUAUCGAUCUUCCUGUACAGCGGUUCUACUGCCUUCCAGUAUUACUCGGGUGGUGUGCUCACGGGCGAGAACUGCGAUAAGACUGGAUCGCACUCGGGACUGGCAGUGGGUUUUGGUGAGACGGAUGAUAACAUUCUUUACCGGCGCAUUAAGAACCAGUGGGGCACGUCGUGGGGCGAGGAGGGCUACGUUCGUGUCCAACGUCGCUACUCUGGAGACAGCGAAGGCGCUUGUGGUGUCGAGCUGUACGCGACUUGGCCUACCUUUGACGUCUCGGCGAGCCCUACUCCCGCUCCGAGACCUACCACCUCUGCUCCUUCCGCCACAACUGCUACCCCAUCCGUGACGACGGCGACACCUUCCGCUACACCGCUCACAACAGUGAUGCCUUCAGCUACCCCAGUCACAAACACACCUUCCGCAAUUGAGACCGUGGUGGAUCAAGCUGCCAGUGCAAGCACUGCGUCGAGCUCCGACUCGACUACACAGAAGAUUGGCGUAGACCAGGUGGCUAGCAGCGCAAGUGCCUCAUCAGGUUCGACUUCUGCGUACGAGGCGGUGAACACGGACGCAGGCAGUGGGAACGCUGUCGACGACUCAACCGCCCCGACAAAGGCGCCAGCAACGCCUUCUGUUGUUCAGAGCGACAGUGUCGCUGAUGAUGCCUCCUACGCCACCGUUCCGAGCACGGACAAGCGGGACUGCGCGAUGUGAGACUGCCUUGCAAUAGCCCAUUGCAUCUUUUACGUUGUGAGUAGCUUCAAGUUCUGACACUUAGCGAGCAUUAACUGUGAAACGGUUAUAGAGCACCAUAUCUGUUUCGAUGUUGUAGUGAAUUGACUCGGAAACAGCACUAUAUCAAAACAUGAUAACAAAGUCGCGAU